GCUAAAGCUUCGAACUCAGAACAUCCCAACGAUACGACUUUCAAGUUCAUUUUUUGUUAGACCGGCAGUAACGAGCGAGAAGCCAUGGCAGCUCGACUCGCUAUUACUUUCGCAAUCUGCUUCGCGCUCUUCACGACAGCGUUUGCUACUUUUGGCAAAGAACAUGUACACAUAAAAAUUCACCUUCCUGAAGAACAUCACCAUGAUGACCACCACGGUGGAGGUGGCGGAUACUCUAGCGGUGGAGGCUAUUCUAGCGGAGACAGUUUCACAGGUAGUCAUGGAGGCGGACAGGAUUUCGGCGGAGGUUAUGACGAAGGUCAUGACGACAUUGGAGUAUACAGCAGCGGUGGAAGUAGCGCCGUUGGUUUCGCUAGCUCCUCGAGUUUUAGUGGUAGUUAUGACGACCACCAUGGCUCCAGCGGAAGUAGUUUUGGCGGAAGUCAUGGAGGAGGAAUAUCCAGUAGUUACGGUACCCCAAGUUUUGGUGGAAGCCACGGAGGCAGUUUUGGCGGAAGCAGCCACGGAAGUAAUUUCGGAGGAAGCAGCCACGGAAGUAGUUUUGGUGGAAGCCACGGAGGUGGAAUAUCUAGUAGUUAUGGUCCAUCUUCAAGUAGCUACGGUGCCCCAAGCUUUGGCGGUGGCCAUAGUGCUCCUUCAAGUAGCUACGGUGCCCCAAGCUUUGGCGGUGGCCAUAGUGCUCCUUCAAGUAGCUACGGUGCCCCAAGCUUUGGCGGUGGCCAUAGUGCUCCUUCAAGUAGCUACGGUGCUCCAAGUUUUGGCGGCGGCCACAGUGCUCCUUCGAGUAGCUAUGGCGCUCCAAGCUUUGGCGGCGGCCACAGUGCUCCUUCGAGUAGCUAUGGCACUCCAAGUUUUAGUAGCGGAUCUAGUAGCUCGUCUUCGUUUGGUAGCGGCGGGCAUGGUGGAUGGACGGGUGGUCAUGGUGGGGGCCUUGGCAGUUACAGCUCCAGCUCUGCCUCGAGUAGUAGCUUCUCAGGAGGAUUGUCCAGCAGUUACGGCACCCCAAGUUUUGGUGGAAGCCACGGUGGCAGUUUUGGUGGUAAUAGUCACGGUGGCAGUUUUGGUGGUAGUAGCCACGGAAGUAGCUUCGGUGGAAGCCACGGCGGCAGUAUAUCCAGUAGUUACGGCCCCCCUUCGAAUAGCUAUGGUGCGCCAAGCUUUGGCGGUGGCCACAGUGCUCCUUCAAGCAGCUACGGAGUCCCAAGUUUCGGCAGCAGCGGUGGUCACAGUUCUCCGUCAAGUAGUUACGGUGCUCCAAGCUUUGGCGGUGGCCACAGUGCUCCUUCAAGCAGCUACGGAGUCCCAAGUUCCGGAAGCGGAGGUGCUCACAGUGCUAUCUCGAGCAGCUAUGGUACACCAAGUUUCGGCGGUUCAAUAGGCGGAGGUCAUGACUCACAUUCGAGUGGCUACAGUUCCUCAUCGUCAUUCGGCAGUGGCAGCGGCAGUGGCAGCAGCUCAGCAGGUGGAUUCGACGGCUAUCACUAUAAGAAAUAAUUUCCUCUAACCAAGCUACGUAUGUUUACGGCGAGCGCUCGACUUACACGAAAGAAAAAGAAAGAGAGACAGUGAGAGAGUUCUAUAAUUGAACUUUCGCCCAUCAUAGUUACGCACGCUGAAGAUGAUUCCUGUUAUUUAUAGAUGCCAAAUGUUCACUCAUCCAAUGCUCAUUAUCUUUGUUACCGUCCGUUUUAUUCUACGUCUUUGUACAUGUUUUUUUUUUAUAUUUUGCCGAAUGUGCAAUCUUGUAUUAUAGCGAUUACAUUGUUAUUGUGUAAAUAUGUCAUGUU